AGCUUUUGUUACUUUUUGUUUGGUUGCCAAGAAAGUUAGGGAGAAGAGAUGAGAAUUAUAUGUAUAACAUAGAAUUGUGCUAGGGGUGGUAUGAAUGUAAAAACAUCAGCAUGUAUCGUGACCUGCGCUGCUGCACCUCUAGGUGGUAAGAUGCAUGUUGGAAUUACGAAGUCUUAUCCAACCAGGUAUGGUCGGUCGGAUGAAUUUAAAACACUAUUGGGCUUGGUUUUGCGUCAAGUCUUCCAUUAGCUCUACCUACUCUAGUUCUUUCUAAAAGCCUAUAUCUAGUUCUUUCUAGGUCUUCUUCUACAUUUUUGCCACUCAUCACCUUAUUUUCUAAUCGUAGUAUAUGUAGGUCUUCGUUUUACAUGUCUAAAUCACCUUAACUAAUUUUCUCUAUUUAUCUUUAAUUACAGCCACUCCUACUUUACUUGGGAUAUAUCCUCGUUCCAUAUCUAUAAAAAUCAUGUGCAAAUCCUUUUGCAUAUUUCUAUAUCAUCCCAUCGGAUAAACUGCCACUAUAGUCGAGCGCCCAGCAUGAAUAGAUUGCCUUAAGGACCGGUUAAAGUUGGGGAUAGAGUGAGGCAUCUCAGAGCUCUUGUUGACAACAAUGGCGAAUUGGAUCUCGACAUGGGAGGUUUGCGGCGAGAAAUUCGCAUCCUUUGUAACCUCCCACCCGGUGCUGACAUUGCUCUAACGUACAUUGAUGAAGACUAUGAUGUAGUAACUCUUGUGGACGACAAUGAUCUGCGGGAAGCAAUGAGGCAGCGUCUGAAGUCCUUCAGGAUCGAUGUGCAGAUGAACGAUGACAAAGAAGAAUGCGGUAAAAAUUCAAGCUCCGAAAAAUGUCACGUGACGGAUGCUGUAAAUGUGACAAGUGAUGUGAGUAGUAGCAAUGUGUUUGAUGAAUUCCAUCUAGCAAAUUACGAUCACCAUGUUAGUCCUUCUGUUAAACAAUCUGAAGACGAAUGUGGUAUGAUGUGCCAUGCGAGCAUUCGCUGUGGCGUCUGCAAUGACAAGGUCGCGACGUUGUGGUUAGCGGCGUUAGCCCUCCUAGUGUCGGUUCGGUUAUUAUCACGGCGACAUGGAUCGGAGUGCUAAGUGCUGCUAUACCUCCUCUGCAUGAAGGGUUUAUAUUUUCAGCACCAUUCAUGUGGCAAAUGAGCUAGUUUUUGUGUUCAACCAAAUAAAGAGAGGCCUUGUUGCUUUGGCUUGUGCAGCAAUUUUGAGUCUGCAGGCCAAUUAACAUAUAUAGCUUGUUUCUUCCGUUUUAUUUCUGUGUGAUAUGAGUUAAUUUUCUUCUCUCUUUUUUGUGAAUUGUCAACGAGAUGUUGGUUUUCGCAAAUGCUCGUAAUCACUUGAGUUUGUAGAGCAAUUCGUGAAAAUUACCAUCGUAU